GAGGGGUGGGUGGGGGGCUCGCACACAGAAGAUAGCGGCCCUGACCCUCUCCGCCCACCCUUCCCGAGGCGGCUUGACUCAGGCCGGCCCCGAUCCUGCUUCCAGCGCCUGGCUUUUGUGGCCCCUAGCUGAGUCGGGGCCCGUUGUGUUCUUGGGCCUGUGGCCCCCUGACAUCCUGUCAGCCAAUCGGGAGCAGGAACAGCCGAGCUACAACUGCAGGCCUAUGGUUUUACGUCGAGGAUGUUCCCCCAAAAUCGGCCCCCGGCUCACCUACAGGUGCCUCCUGUCGCCACAGCGGCAGCGGCCGUCGCUGCUGCAGCCGCCAGUGUGGUGUCGUCCAACCCCCAGUCCUUGAAGCUGACUUACCCGGAGAUCUUGGACCGAAUCAAGGAAGAGUUUCAGUUCCUCCAAAACCAAUACCACAGCUUGAAGCUGGAGUGUGAAAAACUAGCAACGGAGAAGACGGAAAUCCAGCGGCAUUAUGUCAUGUAUUAUGAAAUGUCCUACGGGUUGAACAUUGAAAUGCAUAAACAGACGGAGAUCGCCAAGCGGCUCAACGUCAUUUGUGCUCAGCUCAUCCCGUUCCUGUCUCAGGAGCAUCAGCAGCAGGUGGUCCAAGCUGUGGAACGGGCCAAGCAGGUGACUAUGGCAGAACUGAACGUGGCGAUCGGGCACCAGUUCCAAGCUCAGCACCUCUCGCACCAUGCACCACCCAUCCCGCUGACGCCACACCCUUCCGGCAUGCAGUCUGCAAGUCUAGCCACCUUUGGCGGUGCAUCUGGGCUCCUGGCGCUCUCUGGAGCGCUGGGCGCCCAGGCUCAGCUUAUCACAAAGGACGACCGAGGGCUUCACGACUCCGAGCACAGAGAGAGAGACCCAGGUCCCAGUUCCUUAGCGCUGUCAAACGGAGAAAGGAUGAGGGCCAUUUCGGAGUACCUGAGCAGCAGCAAAAAGAGGAAAACAGAGGAAAAGGAAUACGGCACAGACUAUGGAAGCGAUGGAGACAAGAGUGAAGACAACCUUGUGGUGGAUGAGGACCCUUCUUCCCCGCACAGUGUCCACUCCUUUUCUUCCCGGGAGAACGGGAUCGAGAAAGUCUCUCUGCAGAGGAAGGAAACCGUCCAACUCAGUCCCACUUCCAUGGCUUCUUCUAGUAGUGCUUCUCCACCUCGGACCACCAAAGACCUCACCACGGUGGAGAAGGCAGGCACCCCUGGCUUGAAGUCCAGCACUCCGACCUCCCAAGGAGAAGGGACUGCACCGGGGUCUUCCAUCAGCAGCACCCCACAGCUUCGGCCAGGGGUCACAAAGCAGGCGGUGGAGUCUCUUGGUAAUGGGGGAAGCCCAGACGGGAUGUGCGACACACACCUGUUAGACGCCCUGGGUCUGAGAAACCCACUCACGGUCCAGAGCUCCUAUCCGGCGGCUUUCAACGUGGGUCACGUGUCUGUCAACGGCGAGAUGGCGAGCAGUGGAGCCUAUGCCGGAUUGCACCUGGUGACCCCCCAGCUCAAUGGGGCAGCGGUUGUGGGGGCUGCUACCUAUGGGCGCUCCCCUCUGGUGGCCUACGACCCCCACUCACACCUGCGGGUGCCGGCUCUCUCGACGGGAAUCCAAGCUGGCACGUCUUCAGGGAAACCGCCGUACUCUUUCCAUGUCAGCGCCGAUGGGCAAAUGCAGCCAGUCCCGUUCCCGCCGGACGCCCUCAUGGGGCCUGGCAUCCCACGACAUGCCCGCCAGCUCCACACGCUGACCCACGGCGAGGUGGUCUGCGCUGUCACCAUCAGCAACUCCACCCAGCAUGUCUACACGGGAGGAAAAGGUUGUGUGAAGGUGUGGGACGUGGGGCAGCCAGGCACCAAGACCCCCGUGGCACAGCUGGAUUGCCUGAAUCGAGACAAUUACAUCCGAUCCUGCAAGCUUCUCCCCGACAGCCGCAGCCUCAUCGUUGGCGGGGAGGCCAGCACCCUGUCCAUCUGGGACCUGGCGGCUCCGACGCCCCGGAUCAAGGCAGAGCUGACCUCUUCCGCCCCGGCCUGCUACGCCCUGGCCAUCAGCCCCGACGCGAAAGUCUGCUUUUCCUGCUGCAGUGACGGCAACAUUGUUGUGUGGGAUCUGCAGAACCAGACCCUGGUUAGACAGUUUCAAGGUCACACAGAUGGCGCCAGUUGCAUUGACAUCUCUAACGAUGGCACAAAACUCUGGACGGGGGGCUUAGACAACACUGUGCGGUGUUGGGAUUUGCGGGAAGGUCGGCAGCUUCAACAGCACGACUUCAGCUCACAGAUCUUCUCCCUAGGUUACUGCCCCACAGGCGAAUGGCUGGCUGUCGGGAUGGAGAGCAGCAACGUGGAAAUCCUGCACGUCACAAAGCCAGAGAAGUACCAGCUGCACCUUCAUGAAAGCUGCGUCCUCUCCCUCAAAUUUGCUUCCUGUGGGAAAUGGUUUGUAAGCACUGGGAAGGACAACUUGUUGAAUGCUUGGAGGACCCCCUAUGGAGCCAAUAUAUUCCAGUAUAAGGAGUCGUCGUCCGUCCUCAGCUGCGACGUCUCCACGGAUGACCAGUUUAUCGUCACCGGCUCUGGAGACAAGAAGGCGUCUGUUUACGAGGUCAUCUACUGAGAGUUAAAACUGGCAGUGUGGUUGAAACCCCAGUUCAGGCAAGGGGGAAAUAGGACCCCAGUUUUCCAGCCAAAGAAUACGCUGACAAGGACUCUUCCUGCGAGAGGAUAAUGUACUUGUGGCCCCCUCAAGCACCAUCAAAGCACCCUGCUCUUUGCAAAGGGCGAAGGAAAAAUCACUACUUUUCAGAGACUGCAGUUUCUUUUAUUUUCCUGGCCGCAGGGGCGGGGUGGUGGGGGCGGGUGGUUGUGUGUGUGUGUUCCAAUUUUGAACUCUUGGGGGAAAUUUGUGUUAAUUUUUUUAACCCUUUAAAUAAAAGGAGGACGGUGGUAGUUGUGA